GGAAGUGACCGUCUCACCAGCAGACUGCUGUCAAGAUGGCACCGACUGGGCUGAAAGCGGUAGUAGGAGAAAAAAUCCUCAAUGGGGUCAUCAAGAGUGUGAAGAAGGAUGGAGAAUGGAAGGUUCUUAUUGUUGAUCACAUAAGCAUGCGGAUCCUGUCCUCUUGCUGCAAGAUGUCUGACAUUUUGGCAGAGGGGGUGACCAUUGUGGAGGACAUCAAUAAACGCAGGGAGCCCAUCUCUAGUCUUGAGGCCAUAUAUUUGAUUUCCCCAGUGGAGAAGUCGGUUCGUGCCCUCAUUAACGACUUCAAAGACAGUGCUUUUACUUACAAAGCAGCACACAUCUUCUUCACUGACACUUGCCCAGAUGGCCUGUUCACUGAGAUUGGGAGAUCCAGAGUUGCCAAGGUUGUCAAGACUUUAAAAGAGAUCAACGUUGCUUUCCUGCCAUAUGAGUCUCAGGUGUUCUGCCUGGAUGACCCGACCUCCAUGUACUCCUUCUAUAGCUCAACACCCAGUGUAGAAAGAGACAAAAUGAUGGAGAAUCUGGCUGAGCAGAUUGCAACCCUGUGUGACACACUUAAGGAGUACCCUGCAAUCCGAUACCGCAAGGGAUCAGAGGAUAGUGCAAGACUGGCUGAAGAGGUCUAUCAGCACCUGAAUGCUCACAAAGCUGACAACCCAAGCAUGGGAGAGGGUGCAGAUAAGGCGCGAUCCCAGCUACUGAUUAUUGAUCGUGGGUUUGAUCCCAUCUCACCUAUUCUACAUGAGUUGACCUUCCAGGCCAUGGCUUAUGAUUUGCUUGACAUCAAUCAGGAUAUCUAUAAGUACCAGUCAACCGGCAUUGGGAAUGCAACAGACAGAGAAGUGUUAUUGGAUGAAGAUGAUGAGCUCUGGAUUCAGCUCAGACAUAUGCACAUUGCAGAUGUCACUAAGAAAGUGACAGAGCUUCUUCGCACCUUUUGUGAGAGCAAGAGAAUGUGCACUGACAAUGCCAACAUCAAAGAUCUCUCUCAGAUGUUAAAGAAGAUGCCACAGUAUCAGAAGGAGCUGAGCAAUUACUCUACUCAUCUGCACCUAGCUGAAGCAUGUAUGAAGAAAUACAAGGCCUCACUCGAUAAGCUUUGUGAAGUGGAACAGGACCUUGCAAUUGGUUCAAAUGCAGAGGGGGAACCUCUAAAAGAUGCCAUGAAGAGCAUUGUUCCUGUGCUCCUCAACAAUGAAAUUAAGGCCUAUGACAAAAUCCGCAUCAUACUGCUCUACAUAUUCCACAAGAAAAAAGGCAUUGGGGAGGAGAACCUCGCCAAGCUCAUUCAGCAUGCAAACAUACAGGCAGACAGCAACAUCAUCACCAACCUACAGAAUCUUGGCUGUAACAUUAUAACUGAGGGCCGCAAUGCUGGUAAAAUGCUGCCAGAGCGAAAGGUGCGCACAGAGAGCACAUACGACACCUCUAGAUGGACACCCAUCAUCAAAGACGUCAUGGAGGAUGCCAUAGAGGAUAAACUGGACAAAAAGCAGUGGCCAUUCAUCUCGGAUCCUGCUCCCAUCAACACAACCCAGACUGCAGUCAGCAGUGCACGUUUUGGACACUGGCACAAAAACAAAUCUCCAACAGAAUAUCGCUCUGGGCCACGGCUUAUCAUUUUUGUGAUCGGUGGGGUGUCGCACUCAGAGAUGCGCUCUGCUUAUGAAGUCACCCGAGCCACUGAUGGAAAAUGGGAAGUGCUGAUUGGGUCAUCUCACAUCCUGACUCCAACCAGCUUCCUCAAUGACCUGAAGAGUCUGGACCAAGUUCCUAAUCCUGAUUGUUAGAUUGUUAGAUCCCGAACAGGGAAGAGCACACUGGAAUAAGGGUUUAGUCUUUCCUUUGAGAUGAUUGGUUGCUGGACUUCUGUCACAGCAUCUCCGACAUCUGAAGUGAAACAUGAAGAGAAAUUUUAUAUAUAGAUGGAAGGAAAUAAUUGUGAUGCUUUAUUUUAAUUAUUGAAGUUUCUUUUUAUUAUUGGUUGUGAAAUUGGUUCUGUAUACUUUUUUGAUUGAACAUAUUUAAUUUGAAUGUAGGCAUUAUUCAUAUUUUGAUUAUUGUAUUAUUUCCCAAAUAGUUAUUUUUGUUACUAUGUAUUUGAUUUCUUUAGUUUCGUUCUGAAAAUAUUGCAUCAUUACUACAAAACUGAUCAUCUCACACCAAAAAUGUUAUUCAAGUCAUUAUGUACUUUGUAUCCAGGGACAUUAAAUGUGUGAUACCUGUUUUCUCUAGGUACCCUUUUCUUCCUCAUUUGGGAAAUCUUAUCUCAGACAAAAACGUCUAACCUGCUGUCUUAUGAAAUCUUGCACAUUUACCUUUUACUUUAAUAGCUAUAUUGCUGGGAGCAAGUGUGGUGGGUGUGUGUCUCUUCGUUGUUAAAAAUAAGUAAUAAAGAAACAUUAUAUUCA